AACGCCACACGUGUCAUUCGCUACACCAAUGGCGUCGGCCCCGCCUCCCCCGAGCUCCCACCCGCACCCGAGGGCUGGGCCUGGUCCUUGAACCAGUUUCGCUCCUUCCGUUGGAACCUUACUGCCAGCGCUGCAAGGCCCAACCCACAAGGCUCAUACCAUUACGGCCAAAUCAACAUCACCCGCACCAUCAAGCUCGUUAACUCCUUCAGCCGCGCCACUGGGAAACUCCGUUACGGACUUAACGGUGUCUCCCACGUCGACCCUGAGACCCCUCUUAAGCUCGCUGAAUACUUCGGAGUCGCCGACCAGGUCUUCAAGUACGGCCUCAUUAGUGAUGAACCCGCUCCCACUCUCGGCGACCUCACCGUUGCUCCCAACGUCAUCAACGCCACCUUCCGCAACUACAUUGAAAUCAUUCUAGAGAACCCCACCAAGGUUCCCCAAUCUUACAACUUGGAUGGCUACUCUUUCUUUGCAGUCGCCAUUGAGCCUGGCAAGUGGACCCCCGAGAAGAGAAAGAACUACAACCUUCUUGAUGCUGUCAGCCGACACACCAUUCAGGUGUUCCCUAAGUCUUGGGCCGCAAUCAUGUUGACCUUUGACAAUGCUGGAAUGUGGAACUUGAGGUCAGAGCUCGCCGAGAAUCGUUACCUUGGCCAACAAAUGUACGUCAGUGUCUUGUCUCCUGAGCAUUCUCUCAGGGAUGAGUAUAGUCUUCCUGACAACCAGCUUCUCUGUGGUAUUGUCAAGGAUUUGCCCAAGCCACCACCCUACACAAUUUAAACCAUUUUCUUCUCUUAUUCAUCUCCCCGUUCCAUAUUAAUUAGCUAUAAUCCAUCUUUUAUCGUGUAAGUGUGUGGUAUCUCAUGUUUCAACCCUUUCCUAUAUAUAUGUAAUUUAUCUCACCAAUUAAUAUAUACUAAACACUCCUUCCUUUUCCUAUUA